AUGUUCGUGUCUGUGUCCGGCUUUGCCGGGGCUUACGACCGGAUCUGCCGGGAUGCUCUCCAGCCUGACAAGAAAGUGCUGAUCGUGGCCGCCAUGGACGUUGAUGCUGCGUGCGCCUGCGGUAUUCUCACGCGCCUCUUUGAGCAAGACGGCGUACAGUAUCAAGUCUAUCCCGUCCGCAAUUAUAUUGAUGUCAACGACAUCAGUCAGCUUCUUGCUGGAGGGGACGGCCAGCUCUUUUGUGCUGCCAUUCUCCUCAACGUGGGCGCCAGCUACGACGCUGCAGAACUUAUGCAAGCUCACGAGACUCAGCCCAAUGAACACAUGACCAUCUACAUGUUUGAAGCCCAUCGCCCCAUCAACUUGUACAACGUGUUUGGCGACGUUCAAAUCUUUGAUGAUGGCGAGACCUCAACGGCCAUUCCCGAACGCGACGCCGUGUAUCUGACCGACGAUGAGGACGAGGACGACGAGGAUGACCGGUCGGACGCUUCAGACAACGAAGAUACCGCUUCGGAGGGAGGCACGCCUGAAAAACGCACCAAGCGCCAGCGCUACGAGGAUCGACGCCUGCGACGUUUGCAAACGCAGUCCUACUAUGAAUACUCUUAUCACACCACGCCCAUUUCCGUCCUUCUCUGGCAUUUGGUGAUGGAAAAACGCCGCGAGAGCAACGACAGCCUCUGGCGCGCCAUGGUUGCCCUGGUUGAAGCCUUUGUCGAAGAUCGGAUAUCAGCGGAGCUUUACUCGCGCAUGUACUCGGAUCUCAAGCGUGAUAUGGAACGCCUCAAUGCAAGCGACGAAUCCGAGGGAAUUGUACGAACUGUGCACUUGCGCGAAAUCAAGCAGGAUUUUCGUUUCCCUCUUUAUCGCCAUUGGAACAUCUACGACGCCAUGUGCAAUUCCCGCUAUGUUGCAGCACGAGUUGAUGUUUGGAAAACCAAGGGCGAGGCGGCUCUCUGCAACAUGCUGGCCCAAGUUGGCGUGUCCAAGCAGACCUGCAAGCAAAAUUUUAUUGCCUGGACGGAUGGCAAUGCGAGAAAACGCGUCAUGGAGAGCUUGAUUCAAGCUCUGACCGACAUGGGCAUUGAUCAUUGCACAAUCCCCAGCUUCGAAUACCAAUUUGAGUAUCAGCGAGCGCUAUCAGCCUCGGACCUAGCGUAUGCAGUGGGCGCGCAGUUUCUAUUCCCUCGUGCCGAGGGCGAUUGGCAGCAAGCCUUUUACACAUCCCUCGAUAUUUUGACCAUGCGCAAGCGUGCGGCAUUUGAGGAUGGCUGCAACAAGGCCAUGGAACUGGAACGCGUGCUACUGCGUCAGGUGCAAACCUGCUUGAACAACGGUGGCACGUCCAUGGCCAAGCGAUACCGACUCUACAGCAUCCUCGAUACUUCAGAUCACAAGUAUUUUCACUCCUACGGCAUGCUACACCGCCUUGCUCGUUUCUUGGUCGAUCAUCGUCGAUUCAGCAUUGGCGCUCGCCGCAGCGCUGAGCACCACAUUGUGGCAUCGCGUGCCGAUGACAAGAUUCUUCUUGUGGGCAUCUGGGCAAAGAAGCGACGUCAGGAGGGUGAUGCUGUGCCCAACAAGUUUGGCUCCUUGUUUGAGCGCAUGACGGACCUGCAUGCCUCACUGUAUGAGGGUACCACGGCUACGCAAUUUGAACGCCCCAUGCUGGAGCUCAAGCCUGAUCGCAUGCAAGAAUUUUGCAAUGUGCUGGUCCGCGUUCUGACUGAAAGUGCCUGA